AUGAAAAAGCUUAUAUGUUGUUUUAGUAACAGUAAUAAUAAUAGAUUAAAAGUUUAUUGUAUAGAUCAAGAAGGUUUAAAAUUGUUAAAGAUUUGUUUAUAUAAGCUCAGUAUAAUAUAA